CUUCAAAAGAGCAUUCAUUUUCUUUUAUACAGCACUAAAUGUACAAAGUUUUGCGAUGAUAAGCUGCUGAUAGAUCCCAUGGUGCUGAAGAAGAAGCUAAAUAGGAUGGCAACAGAACCAGGGGCUUUUGCUGUCCUCAGCAGCCUGCUGCUUUACAUCACAGACCUCGCGGCCUGCGACCCACAGAUGCCGAGGAAGAAGGCAAAAUGGGCAGAAGGCAAAGGAAACAAGGUGAUUUAUAAUCCUGAAUGCCAAAGUGCAAACACAAGCAAGCGCCCCACAAGAUUCCAGCUUUUGCAGUCCAAGUUCAUGAACAACAAUCGUGAACCUUACAUAAAAAAGACAAGAGAAGUUGGCAAGCUAAUCAUUAAAGAAAAGCAGUGGGUAAACAGGGGCUGUCUAAAUGCCACUGUUAACAAAUUAGACAAAAAUAAGGAAAAAAAAGGAAGCGGUCAAGCACUAGAAGAGAACAAAAAGAUAAUGCCCAAUGAGAGGGUCAAGUGGAAUGGCCUGAGUGGGAAAAAUACAGUGAAAAACAUUCUGAAGAAAUUUUUAGCUGCAGAGGAGAAAGAAACUAAGGAGAAAGCUUCUGUCUGGAAAAAGAAAGAGCCAAACAGCAAUUUGCCAAAAAUUAUCAGCAAGAAUUCUGUUUUCUCCAAACUGAAGGAAAAGUUUGAACAGGCUAGUUCUGUUUGUUCAGCCACAGAGGCAAAAACAUUGCUGUUGCGCAAAGGUGAGAAAAAUAAUACAAAGGUCCCAAGUAGAACACCUAUUCACAAACCAGAGGUCACAGUGCUACACACUGUGACAGCCCCAGUUCUAAAUAGCCCUCAGUCCCAGUAUUUAGUGUGUACGACGGCUCCAAUGCCUAGAUUCAGUGUUGUGACUGAAAUUAGCCAUCCUUGGAGCUGGUUGACAAACAACACUGAAAGUAAUCAGCCUUUUGAUCAUGGCACUCAAAUGGUAGAGAUGAGUGACUCUGACAGCAAACAUGAUAUUAAGCCUGGUAAGAAUGAAAUGCCAGAAAAUAGGGCACAAGACAGAGAGUACAAAGGACAGAUGCAAACUGUACAAUGUGUAAUGCCCAAGGUCAUGACUGACAACAAGGACAGUGCAGAGACUAAAAUAGAUUCCACAAACCAAGGACCUGGUUUUCUUCCUAAUCUAGACCGCUCUUCUACUUUCUGUAAAAAUAAAUCCCUUGCAGACAGCAUUCCUACCUUAUCUAAACCCACCCUAUCUCACAAGGGGAAUAGCACAUUAGCUGGAUUUGAUACAUCUUCAUUAGGGGAUAAUAAAACUGCUCAAAAUGUUAGUGAAGACAAUCCGUCUACUAACUUGCCUUAUUCUGGUAUAGCUGAAGGAUCCAGUGCACACAGUCCCCAGGAUAUUAAAGAGGUUGGUAUUCCUAAAAUAACAGUGAAUGCAUGCAGUUCAAAGGAGACAGAAAUAGAGUUCUCGGAGUCAGAAAAAGAUCCUCUCUUUGCAAGCCAAAAAUGUUUCCCGGAGGAGAAACUAUCGGAAAAUAUUCCAUCGUUUUGCUCCCCAGUAGCUCAGGCAUCUCAGAAUGUAGUGCCUCCAAAUGAUGACCUGCAAUUAAUUGUCAAAAUACCAGUUACUGACAAAAUGCCACCGCUGAUGCCAAGGCAAGAAAAUGCAUCCGAUUUUAAAGGCAAACAUUCCAAAGCAGCUGUAAAAAGAGAGAAAUUUCACUAUAAACAGGAAAUAUUUCCUAGUUCUAGAAAAAAUGAUUGCAAAGUCACAGCUAAGCAAGAAGAGGAGCCAGACAUAAAUCCAAACAAGCUGUCUGAUUGUCAAAUGCAAACUGAACAAAUAACCCAGGAAUCACAACCACAUCAAAUGCUUGGCCAACAAAAUAACAUUGAUAAUUUCAGCAUUAACGUAUCAAAUCCGACUAUGACUCACACAAAUGAUUCAAAGAAGGAAAAAAGUGGUAUUGUAGAAGGAAAGCAUAUCUGCUCUGAUUUUGAAAAGGACCAAGGUCCAUUGUCAAGUUAUUUAAUGAAGCACAGGUGUUAUAUUCCAGAAGAGAAUUUUGGGAAGGACCAAUUAUCCUCAUCAAAUGAAAUGGCAAGUCAGGAAAACAAUACUGCCAGGGAAAGGAGUACCUUGUGUAAUCUGGAGAUUUAUGAAAUGCCAUCAAAGUAUUUUAUGAAGCAUGAAAGUGACAUUGCAGAUGAGAAUCCCUGGCCUAAUUCUGAGACAUGUCAAUCAUUCUCAUCAAAUUAUUUAACAAAGCACGAAAACAAUGCUACAGAACAAAGAAUCUGGCAUGCUAUUGAAAAGCCCCAGAUCCCAUCAUCAAAAGAUUUGGUGAAAGAUGAAACCUAUAGUGUAGAAGAUAAGAAGGCUUGUCAUAAUUCUGAUGAGUACCAAUUACCUUCUUCAAAUGAGUCAGCAAAGCAUAAAGGUGAUAUUAUAGCAAAGAAUGCUAUGUAUAACCGUGAGAAUUACCAGACACCACCAUCAUCAAGUGAUGUCAUAAACCAUGAAAAUAAUACAGUCAAAGAGAAGAAUAUCCAUCAUGUUUUUGAGAAGAAUGAGUUACUCUCACCAAAUGAACUGGGGAAGCAUGAAAAUAACACUGCAGAAGACAUAAGUCUCUUGAGUAACGUAGAGAAAUCCCAAUUACCCUCAUCAAAAGCACUGUUGAAGCCUGAAAAGAAUAUCGCAGUAGGGAGAAUGCCCUUGAAUAACUGUGAAAAGUACCGACUACCCUCGCCAAAUGAAUCAGAGAAGCACGAAAAUAAUACUGUGGUAAAAACAAGACCCUGGAGUAAUCUGGAGCAGGACCAACUGCCAACUCCAAAUGAUACUCUGAAUUAUGAAAAUGAGAUGAGAGAUGAGAACUUUGAGAAAAACCAGUUUCCUUCCUCAAAUGAAAUGGUGACUCAUGAAAAUAAUAGUACAAGUGAGAGAAAUAACUUACAUAAAUAUGAAGAGUACCAAAUGCUGUCUUCAGAUAAUGGUUUGAAACAUGAAAAUGAUACGAUGGUAGAGAAGAAGCAUAAGGAUAAUAGUGCAAAAGAGAAGAAUUCGUCUAGUUUUGAGACAUGCCAAUUACCCUUAUCAAAGAAUAAAAUUAACACUCCAGGACCAAGAAAUACCUUGUGUAGCAUCAAAUACCAAAUGCCAUCAAGAGAUUUAGUGGAAAAUGAAUAUGAUACAACAGAAGAGGAAAACACCUGUUGUAAUACUGAGAGAUACCAACUGUUCUCAUCCCGUGAAUCAAUGAAACAUGAAAAUAAUGCUGCAGAGGCAAGAAAUAUCCAGAGUAACUUUAAAAAUUACCAAAAGCCAUCAUCAAGAAGUAUAGGGAAGCAUGAAAGCAAAACUGUCCAAGAGAGAAGUACCCAUCAUAAUUUUGAAGAGUACCAGUUACUUUCAAGAAAUGCACCACAGAAGCAUGGAAAGAAAGGUGCAGUAGAGAGAGAUACCUUGUGUAACCCUAAGAAGAAUCAAAAACCAUCAUCAAGUUCAUUGGUGAAGCAAGAAAAUAAUGUUACAGUAGAGAAGCAACAACAAACACCAUUGUCAGAUGAUUUUGUGAAGCAUGAAACUGAAACUGUGGAAGAGAAGAAUAAACAUCAUAGUUCUGAGAAGUACCAAUUAACCUCAUCAAAUAAAUUAGUCAAGCAUGGAAAAAAUACCACAGUAGAGAAGAAGCAACAAAUACCAAUAUCAAAUGAUUUUAGAAAGCAUGAAAUUAACACUGUGAAAGAGAAGAAUAAACAUCAUAGCUCUGAGAAGUGCCAAUUAACCGCAUCAAAUAAAUUGGUGACACAUGGAAAAAAUACUGCAGUAGAGAAAAAGCAACAAAUACCAAUAGCAAAUGAUUUUAGGAAGCAUGAAAUUAGUACUAAAGAAAAGAAAAAUCCACAUCUCAAAGUUGAGAAAUACCGGUUACCUUCCUCAAGUAAACUGGAGAAGCAUGAAACUAAUAGUUCAGGAAAGAAAAACAGUUUGUGUGAUUUUGAGACGUAUCAAGCUUCAUUGCCAAGUGAUCUCAUGAAGCAUCGAAGUGAUUCAACAUUAGAGGAGAAUCCUUGGCAUAACAUUGAUAACUACCAAAAAUUACCCCUAUCAAAUGAUGUAUCCAAACAUGAUAAAAAUCCUGUAGAACAGAGGAAAACCCAGCAUGGCUUUAAGAAGUACUGUAAACUAACAUCAAAUGAUUUAGCAAAGCAUGAAAAUGUUGCUGCUGAAGGAAAGGCCAGGAGGCCAGGGUCUGAUCAAAGAAAUGACAGAAAAACAGAACUCCAGGACUGCACUAGAACAGCAGCACACGCAAAAUACAUAGCAGAAAGUUACAGUGAAGGACCCCUAAAUUCAUCUUUUAAACCAAUGAUAGUUAGAGUAAGUGACACAUUUAAGCAUCACACCUGAUAGCUCUACAGGUAAACUAAUGACCUCAAUUAUUUGUAUCAUCAGAUCUUUCUUUUUUUCCUUCAAUGUUCAAGACAUUAAAUUAUCACUUCGUAAUUGCAUGGAUAUUGAUGCGUAUUUUUUAGGGUGUGAUUCUUUUCCCUUUCUUAAACACUGGCCAGAAGAUCACUGCAAAUAUAUCAUCAGAUUAAUCAUCAAUUUAUUAUGAGAGGGGCUGAGAGAUCAUCAACAAUUUAAUCCUGCUCCAAUCUCUCCUUGAUAAAUGCUCGGUUUUGUUUGUAACUAGGGUAUUUUGAGGAUGAACUUUCCUUUGUAUUUACUCAUUUUAGUAAAACGCUGUUACUACUCCUUCUAGGAAUGGCUUUAGACAAUGUCAGGCUUCGUUAGGUCAAAAAUGGCCACUUAAGUUCUAGCUUUAAAGCUGUAAAUGCAAAGGCUGAUCCUUGCUAACAUGCAUAAUGUUUCAUGGGUAAUGUGCGGAAAGAUAGAUGCUUCCUUUAUCUGCAGGAAAGUCCUGAAAGGACAAUAUGUUAAAUAAUUUACUAUCGGGCGCUUAUGUUCUGUGGUAUAAAUAUUGGGAAAAUAUUGAUUGAACCUUCUGUCAAGAUAUUUACACUUUUGGGUGUGUACAGUAUUGAGAUGUGUUUGUAGAGAUAGGUUAUUCCCUCAUGCAUGUCAUGCUAUAGCUACUCCUGUGUUCACAAAGGGCCAUAAUGCAGCAACUACAAGUACUCACAAAGGGCCCACUCCUGUAAGGUGCUGAGCAGGUCAAUGAAAACAGGCUGCUGAGAAUGGUGCAGGAGGGAUUCAGCACUUUGCAGGAUUGGGGUUAAAUUGCCUUUGUGGCAUAUCAGGGGCACACAGGCCCAAGGCAGGCAUUGCCAUGGAUAUUAAAGUUACUCAUUGGAAAGUCUUAUCGUGCUCGUGCUUUCCUGUCAAGUGUAGCAAAUGUUUACCAUAGUACGAUAUGAAACUUGAUAAUAAUGAGCAGCCAAUGUCAUUGAAAUGUGCCAGUGGAAUGUGAUGUUCAGAAUGGACAAUAAUAGCAACUUCUGCGUAAAGUUUGCAUGUCCCUGGCUUUGCUUUGGUAGACAGGAUUGGUUUGUUAUGUUUGCUUCUUUCUGCCCAGCUGAUGAACAGAAUGUAGCUACAAAAUGGAAUCUUGCCGUUAAUGCCACAUAACACCCUGUGGUAGGUAGGUAGAUAUUAAUAUAAUAAAGUCAACUCUCACAUUC